AUGAAGUCAGCUAAAGGGGAGGACCCUCGAGAGGACACAAACAGUGGACCAAAAGUGGACCUAGAAGCAGGUCAUAAGCAGUCCACUGCGGGAGGACCCUCUAAAGGAGCAGAGAGUAAGGACGUUACACUAGUAAGACCUACCUCACCCCCGUUCAUCAGUCUCGGUUACCGACAACCCCAGGUUACAUGGAAUGGCCCUGAAGACCCCGACAACCCCAAGAACUGGCCAACCACGAAGAAAUGGCGAGCCGCCGUGCUCGUAUCAUUUUUCACAUUUAUCUCUCCGGUUUCAUCGUCUAUGGUUGCACCCGCCCUGGAACGUAUUGCAGUCGAGUUUAAGAUAACAGACGACGUACUGUUAGAGUUGACCUUGUCAACCUUUGUAUUGGCAUAUGCGGUAGGGCCACUCUUUUUAGGCCCCCUAUCCGAGAUCUAUGGAAGAAAGAUCAUACUGCAGCUCACAAACUUGUUUUACAUUGUCUUCAAUGUUGCAUGUGGCGUCUCCAAAUCAACUGGGCAGAUGAUCGCGUUCCGCUUCCUCGCUGGACUUGGAGGAAGUGCACCACUGGCAAUUGGAGGUGGUGUUCUCGGUGACUGUUUUCGUCCUGAAGAGCGUGGAAAGGCCCUCGCCAUCUAUGGCCUAGCUCCUCUGCUAGGCCCUGCGAUCGGACCGAUUGCCGGUGGUUUUAUUGCAGAAAAUACUACAUGGCGAUGGGUCUUCUAUGCAACUUCUAUCACCGCCGGGCUCAUUCAGAUCGCUGGGUUUUUCUUCCUGCCGGAGACCUACGGUCCAGCGAUCCUGGGCAGCAAAGCGAAGAAGCUUCGCAAAGAGACGGAAAAUCAGAAUUACCAGACCGAGAGCGAGCGACAACACCAGAGUCCUGGCAAGAUCAUCAGCACAGCCUUGGUUCGCCCUUUCCGGCUUCUGACCACGCAGCCCAUUGUGCAAAUCUUGGCCUUGUACAUGGCUAUUGUCUAUGGGACUAUGUACCUGACCUUGGCCACUUUCCCAACCCUGUGGACCAGCAAAGCAUACUACGGCGAGUCAGCCGGCAUCGGCGGCCUCAACUAUAUCUCCAUGGGACUAGGCUUCAUGCUUGGCUCUCAAACUUGCGCCCCACUCAUCGAUCGCAUCUACCGGCAUCUCAAAAGUCGCAACAAUAAUAUUGGUCGACCGGAAUUCCGAGUCCCCUUGAUGGCAGUAGCAGCAUUCUGCAAUCCAGUCGGUCUUUUCAUCUACGGCUGGACUGCACAGACACACUGCCACUGGAUUGCACCCAAUAUCGGUAUUUGCAUCUUCAGCAUUGGCAACAUUGUCGCAUUCCAGUGUAUUCAGACCUACAUCGUUGACUCUUAUACACGAUAUGCGGCGAGUGCACUUGCUGCCGCGGCGUUUCUGCGGUCUCUGGCUGGUUUCAGUUUCCCGCUCUUUGCGCCUUAUAUGUUUGAUGUGUUAAAGUAUGGCUGGGGCAACAGUGUUUUGGCCUUUGUGGCCAUUGGAAUCGGGAUACCUGCGCCUAUUCUUCUUUGGCGUUUUGGGCAGAAGCUGAGAGCUGCAAGUCCCUUUGCUGCAGGAGGGUGA